CGGCCGUGACCUCGCCCUUAUUCCCCGACUUGAACAAGGCGAACUCGGGCCCGUACCAUUCUCGCAACAUAUGGGCCUUCUGUUCCUUGGUGGCUGCCCCACGGUAGAUGUCGUCCAGAAUCCAGGAUGCUUCGGAAUGGUUGAUAAGCUUGCGGAUUUUCCCAUAAAACUCGGGGAUGAUGAUGUCGCGAAUCUCAGUAUCGUUCUGGACAAGGAGUUUGCCGAUGAGGAACUUGGCAUAUCUGCUCUCAGCAAGUUGCGCAUAGGCACCCUGAAGCUCCUUCGCGAUCUGCUUCCUUUGGACUGGGGUUGAGUAUUUGAUGGCCGUCUGGACAGCGCGCACGGCGUCGUGCUUCAAUACGAAGUCUUUGAUGCGCCCGGUAAUGAUGGAGAAGAGCUCGUCGACCAGUUGCUGGCGCUCCUCCUUGGGCACAUGCGACUUGCGGCGCAAUCUCUCCCACAACUUUUUCGUCCGCUGAACCUCGUCCGCCAAUGGUUUCCCGGCUUUACGUUCUUGCGCCAACUGUUUCUGCUUCGCAUGAGCCUCGCGGGAGGUUUGUCCUGUUGGCUUGUUAACACCGAUAGAAUUGAGUCUCGAGUCUCACAGGCAAGGACGACAAACCUUUCUCCAACGCCUUGCCAGUGGCCUGGCCGUUCGCUGUUUUCCCCUGCUUCAAAGCAGCGCCUCCGUCGUCCGAGUCGGAAAAGGUGGCGCCAUCACUUUCAGAAGUCUUUGGCUCGACUUUCUUGUGCUUCGGCCCGGUGGUAGUCUUCGCCUUCUUCGCUCUGCUGCCAUCGUUGUGAUGCACCUUUCUCUUUACGCUAGGUUCCGAGAAAUUUGGCGCCAUUUUGAUGUCCGCCGCUGAAGAGUGAAGCAAUUCGAGAGGUGUUGAAUGGUGAUCGAUCCAAGGUUGAGCUCACCCGCCAAACUCGAAAUGCUACGCUACCAGUUCUACUUUGGCCGAAAUUUUUUUUGGAAGCCAAUUCCUAGGAUCCCUGUUUCUGCCAGGCGGUCAGACUAGCGUGAGCUUGGCGGGCCGGGGUGGACGCAAGACCCCAUGUCCAAAAGUUGUGCCCCUCCUCCAACAAACCAGCAAAUCCACCAGACGAACCACACUCCCAUCAGCAAAGAGUAAAUCCAACCCCACCCACUUCGUUCCAAGUGCUCACAGGAAGACCUGGUCCUCCGCCUGGCCAGGACAUCAACGACGACACAAAGCCGCUAUUCUAUACAGCACAGAUACUUAAGAUGGGGCGUGAGGAUCAAAUUGAGGAAAGAGAGGUUCUGGACUCUAUCUUUCCAGACGAGAUUACAGACAUAUCCGAGACUGAAUACAGAAUAUCGAUCGUCCUCGAUAUCCCAGACGACAAGGAGGAACCUCCGAUUAUGCUCCUUACUGUGCGCUACCCCGAGGAAUAUCCAGACAAGGCACCAUUCCUAGAGCUCUCGGCGUCACAGAACGCAAUCCCUCACCCGCACCUCAACAUCGCCGAGGAUAAGGAGCAGCUUUUACGGAGGUUGGACGCAACUAUCGAAGAAAAUCUUGGGAUCGCAAUGGUGUUCACUUUGGUCUCGACACUCAAAGAAGCCGCAGAGCAACUAGUGCUGGAUCGAAAGGCAGCUAUCGUGAAGGCACACGAAGAAGCCGUGCUGGCUGCCGAACGUGAGGAGAAUAAGAAGUUUCAGGGAACCCCGGUUACACGCGAGACAUUCUUGAAGUGGAGAGAGUCGUUCCUGAAAGAGAUGGAGGAGGGCAGAAUCAGGGAAGAGGAGGAAAGACUGGCCGAGUUGAAGAAAGCCCGGAUAAAGGAGCCUAUAAAGCUCACAGGAAAACAGCUUUGGGAACGUGGCCUCGCAGCGGCCGGGCAAGAUGAGGCUGAUGAUGAUACCGUCAUUGAGGAAAUUCAGAAACUUGAGGUUGGUGAAAAUUAACUAGGUGUGUUUUCAAUCAAAGGAGCACGCUUGUACCACAUUUUUCAACUACACGAUCGCAUAGGGUAUGGUAUUUUUCAUUGGGGAGUCAUUCCUGGUAUAUCUCAUGUAUUAAUUUUGAAGUCCGGAUGGAGCGUGGCCUCCUCAAUGCUCGUGGGUUCAUCCGAACCCCAGGGUCUUCAGGCGGCAGAUCUGUCCACAGUCCCAAGCUUCUUUUCAAGGCCUCUUUGGCUUCUUCGGUUCGUGACUGUGAGAUUCGUACGUUUGCGACAGUUUGCCAGGUAUCUGGCUGUUCAGGGGCCAGCAUAAUAGCCUCGGUAAUCAGCGCCUCGCACCGACUCUCAGCAUCGUCCUCCCAGCUGAGAUCUGUCAUGUAGACCUCGGCAACGGCGCAGAGAGUAUCUGCCAGCUUUCUUCGUUUCUCAUUGAUGGCAACUUCCUGUUCGCCGCGGGUAAGGGGCCGUGACUCUAGUGCGUCGGUAAGUGUCUGAAUCUGGGCACGCAGUGCGGCCGCACCACGCUCGAACCAGCCAACGCUGUCUUGACCACCUUCUUCACUUAGUUGUGCAAGCCAAAGAAACUUUUCGGCACCGCCACCCAAAUCUUCCGGAAGCGAACCAUCUUCAUCCACCUUGACGGCAGACAGGAAGAACUGGCGAGCACUGUCAACCUCUCCCAACUCGACAUGUAUUUGACCCAGAAGCGACAGCGCGGCGCCAGCCUGUCGUCCGUUGUCUCCGAUGUGAUCAUACGCUGUCCUGGCGACUUUGGCGGCGCCCUCCGCAUCGCCGACCUCGAGCAUGCCGACGGCUUGCACAAGAAGCUCUCUGGGGUUGACAUUUGAGGAUUGCACGGCGGCGGCUUUGGCUCGGAGUCUGUCCCUUGCCUUGUCUUUGGUCGACUUCUUUUUUGGUUUUGUCGGCGCCAUCGGUUCGCAGGUCUAUGUGGGAUUGGGGAGGGCGAAA